AAACUCCGAAUUUUGUUUGGAAGAAUUUAACCGAAAAUGAAAAUGGUCCUUUCAUAGAAACAAUAGUUGGAGUUGAUCGCAAUGUACCAUCUACCACUACCACACAUAAUUACGUUAUUAUUGCUAUUACUAACGUUCGUAGAAAUAAUAAAUUAUUCUGUAUUUUUGAUUAUUUCCCGCGACAUCGUUCAUCUGACAAAUUUUGGUUUUGGCCUUUAGACAAUUCUACAUAUACAGUACAACCAAUCGGAGAAGGUAGUAAUGAGAAUGAUAUUGCAGCUGGUGGUAAGGUGGUAUUUACAAUGGAUGAUCUUAGGAAAUUAAUUGCUGCUGAAGUUGAGAACUCGUGUAAGAACAAAAAUCCAACUAUUCCACCUAGUAAUGAUCGUAUCAGAUCAUUAAUCAAUACAGAAGUAAAAACUUUAUGCUCAUCUGAAGUUAAAAAAGAAAUGGCUUCUUAUAGGACAGGUCGUGUCCCAUUAAGAGGAGAAGAAAUGAUGGAAAUAAUACGUAAAGAAGCAAGAAAGGUCGUUUCAGAAGAACUUUUGGUGUUUUCACAAGAUAAGCUAAAUAAACCAGAUUUUGCUUUGUACUCUGGAGGUGCAAAAGUAAUCGCCCGGUAUACAAGUAAGACAUAUGAAUUAUGGCCUGAAAAAUGGUAUAAGAGAAUGUUUGCUCAAUUUUCAGGUCAAGGUGUUCUACGUGGAAAGCCGCCAGUCACAGCUAUAUCACCAGAUACACAUGUUGGUCAAUGUUGGCCUUUUCCAGGUUCUGAAGGACAAUUAGCAAUCUUGUUAAAUCGACGGGUGCAUGUAACUGCAGUAACUUAUGAUCAUGUUAGCAAAGAUGUCGCCGUAGAUGUAUUAAGUGCACCUAAAGAUUUUGAAGUUUGGGGAAUCGUUGAUGAUGGUACUAUUGGAAAUAAUAAUAAACAACUGGACAAUGACGGAUAUGAAGAAGAGCCAUUAGAGUCACAAGAAGAGGAAUGUGGUGUUCGUGAAGAUGGUGAAUAUAAUUCAGGCGGAAGUAACAAUAUUCCAAGUAAAUCACGCCCUAAAGCGUUAGAUGCUGACCCUUCAAUCGAAAAUUCCACUACUGGUGAACUUAAGCUUGGUUCAUCACCGCUCCAUCACUUUUUGGGAAGAUUCACUUAUGAUAUUAACGGAUUACCUGUACAAACUUUCGAAGUGAGCGAUAAAAUUCGUAAUUCGAAGAAACCUGUAAGGGCAAUCAUUAUGAAAGUAAUCAACAAUUGGGGAAAACCAUCGUAUACGUGUCUAUAUCGGUUCCGUGUACAUGGUGAUCCAGUAGAUAAGUUGGAUAGCUAA